UAUUUUGAAUUUUGAUAAAAUGGGUAAAACGAGAAAAACACGAAAAUUUGCCGCUGUAAAACGAAUGAUCUCUGCCAAUGAUCCUAGGAUAAAAAAGCCAGAAAAUGAAAAGAAAACGAAAAAAAAGAAAAAUGAUGAAGAGGAAGUAAAACACAUUGAUCAAGUUUCAUCAGCUUUGUUUUUUCAAUACAACACUCAACUUGGACCACCAUUCUAUAUUCUUGUUGAUACAAAUUUUAUUAAUUUUUCAAUCAAAAACAAACUGGAUUUAUUUCAAUCCAUGAUGGAUUGCCUCUAUGCUAAAUGUAUACCGUGUAUAACAGACUGUGUGAUGGGGGAAUUGGAAAAAAUGGGAACCAAAUACAGAGUAGCAUUAAGGAUAGCUCGUGAUGAAAGGUUUCAAAGAUUACCAUGUAUGCACAAAGGAACGUAUGCCGAUGACUGCCUUGUGAAUAGGGUCACACAGCACAAGUGCUAUAUUGUGGCAACAUGCGACAGAGAUUUAAAACGAAGGAUAAGAAAAGUUCCUGGCGUCCCAAUCAUGUAUAUUACGCAGCACAGGUUUUCGAUAGAGCGCAUGCCGGACGCCUAUGGAGCUCCGAGAUUGUAAAACGCCCGGUACUGACUGAAAAACUCUAUGCUCUUGGACUUUUUGAAAAACUCUUGGACUUUUUGAAGACGCCGUUUUACAAAACGGAAGAUCGGUGAUAAAGAUGAGUUUUUUCUAUAAUUCGAGGAGUUCGUUUCGCGUCAAGCUGUUGUCGUUUUAGAAGUGAAAUGGUAUGAAAUUAUCAAAUGCAGCAUCGAACUCAGGAUUGAAAUGCAUACUCUGCUUAUAUUCUACAAAAAUAUUGGCGAAUAAUGUGACUCGUAUAGUUUAACGUGACUUGUAGUCUUAUAACCAGCACGCAACAAACAGGUAUUUAAUGUCGGUAUAUUUGAAGUACGAGGCAUGUUUAAAUUAAACAGAGAACACCCUGAA